AUGAACUAUUCAUUACUAUCAGAAUUCAGAAAUCCGGACAAUCAACAAAGUUCGAAACAGGUAAAGCCACAAUUCAACAUAAUCUUGUUUUCUACAUAAAUAGAUAGAUCAGACAAAAAGUUAACAAUGUUGUUUUUGUUUUUCUCACUUUUUUUUCGUCUUGUUUUCACUUCUUUUCUUAUUGACUUACAUAACAAAAAAUGAACAGUUUAUUGAUUUUUUUGAUGAUUCACAAAACUCUUUUCGAACGUUUAUAGUAUUUUUAUAUACAAAAUAUAAAUGUGACAUUUAUAUUGAUAGAACAGCUGUUUUUUAUUCUUCACUUUUUUGAGAAUGACGAGGAGAAAACUCGUGGUUUAUGUAGCUUGAAAAAUGUCCUCGAAUCAUUAAAGUUCUUUUUGUAAAAUUUCAAAAAAUGUCCACUGAAGUCAUUAAAGUCUUGUAUUUGUAUUUCAAAAUUUUGAAAAAUAUUCAAGCUUUUAUUGAUGUUGAUUUAGGUGCGAAAAACAUUGAUAAGAAAAACUGAUAAGAAAAUCAAAACAUAUAUAGAAUUUCUCAGACUUCCUUGUUAGAAAAAAUCAACGCUUUUUUCAAAGUCAACCGGAAACAUUCUUUUCAACCAAAAAAGGAACCAGAAAAUUUAUUUUUCAAUGGCGACAAAUGUUUUCUUUUUUUUCAAAAAAAAUUCCAUAUUUUUGCUCUUGUGCAAACAAAACCCCAACUCCCCCGAGUUCAUAUUUCACCUGCUUUUUGUGAAAAACAUGAUUACGUUACCUAUUUUCCCCUUGAAAACAAAUCAUGAAAAAAACAAAACCAAACUUUCUAAUGUACUUACUCGUUCUCUCUGCUAGACUAUGAAUGUUCAAAAAGGAACUAGUUUAUUUUACUUCAAAAACUUUUUUAUUUUGUUCGAUUUAAUUGAAUUUAAUUUAAUCUAACUAUCAAAAAAAAAUAAACCGCCACAAUAAAAUUUGAAAAUUUUUCAGAAUGCGGCAAGUGUGAUGUUUAGUGUUAUUCGAGAAUUGGCCGUUGGUGGCAUUGAUGUCACAAUCAAGGGUAACGGUGGCGAAGAAUGUAUGAAUGUAAGUUUUUUUUUAUAAAUUUUGUAGAGCACGAAUAUAAUUUUUCGUGGAACGCUGAAAUUAUGAUGAGGUUUUCCGAAAGUUGAUGAUGAGAAACCCAUUCCAAAAAAUUUAAGAAAAUGUUUCUUUCAGUAUCUUCCCGGUUGGCAAAGAUUCCUUGAAUCGAUUGUUUUUAUACCAUUAUCAUUUUACGCUAUUUACACCGCUCUACCGCUUGAUUGCACUUUCAAUUUGCCAGUUCGAAAUGUUUCGAGAUAUGUGAUAUUGACAAUAUACAGCUUGAUUUUUUGGAGCAGAACUUGCCUAUAAAAUGAUUUCAAGGUAAAUUAGUUUUCUAAUUAUUUUUGAAACACAUUUUUUGUGUUUUAGAACUGGUAUCUUUCUGCUCAAUCCUUGCCAUAUUACAACUUCUAUGCAAUUAACACUUCUAACAUUGGAAGGGAAAUCGAGGUAAGAAUAAAGUUUUCUGGAAAUCCGUAGUGUGAAAUGAGAAAAGCAGCUGAAAAUUUUCGGGAAAAUUGUGUAAAUAUACAAUUUUUAUAAAAAUUCUUCAAAAGUUGAAAAAAACACAUUAGGAAGUAUAAUUAAAUUUAAUGAGGGAAAACUUGAAGUCUGGUGUAAUUUUGAAAAUGAGCUGAGCGUGCAAAAACAAACUAGCAAACGAAAAAACAAAAAAAAUGAACUUUAAAAAUUAAAAACACUUAUAUUUCAGAAAAGCCUGUUUCCUUUUCCGUCUAAUGUUAUAUUUUAUGCCCGGCGCUUGGUUUGCCUUGGCUUUUCCAAUUUUGAACACAAGAAACGUGAGUUACCCAACCUCCCCUUCUUCUUUUCAAAACCAAAACUAUGAAAUUCACAAUUCCAGUUACCGGGAGAAGUAUUUAUUUAUUAUGCGCAACACAUUGCAAUUCUAGUUGUUCCAAUUUAUCUCAUGUUUAUUCAAGGAUCAUUCCAACCAGAAAAAUCGCACGAUUUUGGUUGGACUGUUUUCGGUGUCGCCUGUUUUUCACUUUAUCACUUUUUGGUGUUGCAAGUUGGCGCAAUGGUAAGUUUUGUGAAUUGUUUCGAAAAUUAGGGCAAUAAUAAGAAGUGAAAAUACAAAUAUUGUGAAAGUUACGCUAUCUUUUGAACAGUAAAAUCAAACAAAAUAAUAUCAACAGAAAUGAGAAAUGAAUAAUGAUUUUUUUCAGUUCACCCGUGUAAAUUUGAACAAUAUAAUGUGCCCAGCUGUUUCUGAUCCAUUCCAAUCAAGAGCUUAUCGAAUUAUUGCAGUUGGACAUCAAUGCAUUUUGAUUCCAAUUCUGGCAAAAACUUAUUCAGCCAUGUCUCUAGCUGCUGUUGAUUUUCUUCGUGGAUAUUAUGAAGAAGUUGAUACUGAUAUUCGACCAAGAAAUGUUUGUAAAUUAGUUGUCAGUGAUGAUAAUUCUUUAGCUGUUAAAACUGCUGAACUUUCCAUGUAA